AUGUCAGCACCAACAUCAGCCGAUCGAAAUCAAGAAUCACCAGAUAAUACAUUAGGUGCUCCUGGCGCAGAAGCUCAACAAAAAGCUGAACAACAAGCUGGAUCGGACUCUGCAGCACAGCAAUUAGGUGAAGAUGGUAGUGGACAACGCCAUUUAUUAGGUGAAGAUGGUAAAGGACGACGCCAUUUAUUAGGUCAAGACGGUCAUGGACAACGUCGUUUAACAGGUGAAAGUGGUAGUGGACAACAACAAAAUCAAGCCGGUGAAGGCGACAAUGCAGCACAACAACAAAAUCAAUCUAAUGAUGCUGGCAAUGCACAACAACAACAAAAUCAAUCCAAUGAAGGUAAUAAUGAACAACAACAACAACAAAAUAAAGCCAAUGAAGGUGCUAACGAACAACAACAAAACCAAUCCUAA